CUAUCUCCCCCCACACUAGUUCAUCACUAACAUUUGUCUUCUUUUUUUCUACUCCAGUACAAAUCAUGUAUGGAAUUUCAUUUUCUACGAUCGAUCUUGAAUGAAAAAAGAAGGAAAACCCAAUUUAGGACGCAUAGAAAAUCGUAACCCUCAGCCUCCCUUCUCCCUCGCAAGAAAAUGCUUUGGUCUACAGCUCUCCACAUCUUCCGGCGCCGUAUCUCUGCAUCGCCGCCGCCGCCGCCUCGCAUUGGCUCUUUCCUCGCCGCCGCUUUCCAAGAUAGCCGUCCGUUUUAUUUGCCUUCUUCAUUUUUCAGGUCAUUUUGUUCCGGAUCUGGUGUUGCUACCGCCACCGGCGACGAAGCAACGGCGCGGCUUAUCUCUGCCGAGCUUCUCCGAGAUCGGAAGGUAAAGAGUCUUCCUGUUGAGAAAAGAUUGGAUCUUUCCUUCUCACACAUCACUCUCUCACGUCCGCUGAUCCUCUCCACUCUCAAUCUCUGCCCUGAUGCUGGCCGGGCAGUUCUUGGGUUUAUCGAUUGGAUCAAAUCAAAACCUAAUUUUGAGGUAGACGACGAGGUUUACUCUUACUUCGUGGAUUACCUGGGUAGGAAGAAGGAUUUCAAGGCUUCCCAUGAUGUGCUUAUCUCCGGCCGUGGGGUUGUUGGCACUAAAACCCUAGAAUCCAUGGUUGAUAGACUGGUCCGGGCCGGGAGGCCCACACACACAGUGGCUUUCUUUGAGAAAAUGGAGAAGGAAUACGGGUUCGUUAGGAACUUGGAUUCCCUGAAAUUGAUAGUGACAAAGCUCUGUGAACAUGGCUUUGCUAGUUAUGCUGAGAAAAUGGUGAAAAGUUUAGCUGAUGAGUUCUUCCCUGAUCAAUAUGUUUGUGACAUGCUAAUUAAGGGGUGGUGUGUUGAUGAAAAGCUUGAUGAGGCCCAUAGAUUAGCUGGGGAAAUGUAUAGGGGAGGAUUUGAGAUUGGGACAUCUGGCUAUAAUGCGAUUCUUGAUUGCGUUUGUAAGCUUUGUAGGAAAAAGGACCCUUUUCGGCUUGAUUCUGAGGUGGAUAAGUUGUUGCUGGAAAUGGAAGAGAAGGGCGUUCCGCGAGACGUGGAAACCUUCACUGUGUUGAUUUCUAAUUUGUGCAAGAUCAGACAAACUCAAGCUGCGAUGGAUUUGUUCUAUAAGAUGGGUGAAUGGGGAUGCUUUCCAAAUGAGGCGACAUUUCUCACACUCAUUACGAGCUUGUUUCAAGCUGCGAGAGUUGGAGAGGGGGACGAAAUGAUAGAUAGGAUGAAGUCUGCAGGCUAUGGAGAUGCACUUGGCAAGAAAGAAUACUAUGGGUUUCUGAAAAUACUAUGCGGCAUUGAGAGGAUUGAUCAUGCCAUGGCAUUUUUUUAUCAGAUGAAACACGAUGGUUGCAAACCGGGGAUCAAGACCUACGAGUUACUUAUGGGAAGGUUGGUUGCCCAUGGCCGCAUGGAGAGGGCAAAUACCCUUUCAAAAGAAGCGUCGAACAAUGGGUUUUUAGUUGAGCCAAAGGCAUAUAAUGUGGACCCUAGGUUCGCGAAGAAGAAGCCUGAUGCUGUGAAGAAGGAGAAGAAAAGGGAGACUCUGCCUGAGAAAAUGGCAAGGAAGAGGAGAACUCUUAAGAAAAUCCGGCUUAGUUUUGUGAAGAAGCCCAAAGGACUUCGUCGCGCCAUUUGAUUACGGUUCUAUUUCUAUUGGUUUACUCGAUCAGGGAAAAAAAGGAUUUUUGGUUUAUGCAGGGUAUUUUGUUAGGCAAGAGGAGAAAUGCAUGUUUGUGACUUUUAAGAAUGCAAAGCAAGUGAAUGGUAUCGAGGCACAUAGAUCCAUCGCUGAUGCUGCAUCUAUUUUCUGUCUCAUGGCCGAAACCAGUGCUGACACCGCUGCAUCUAAAAUCAUCUCCAUUUUCAGAUCCAUUCCUUGUUACUAAAAAGAACGUAUAAACAGAACAAGUGUUG